AGGGGAAGGGGGGGAGGGGGCGCGGUUGCCCGGCAGUAACCCCGGCGGCUCCCGCGCGACCUUUCUCCUGCAUCGGCGGUGACGCGGACGCCGCGCGCGCCCCCCCUGUCCCCUCCCUCCCCGCGCGCGGCGAAGAUGGCGGCGCUGAGCAAGUCCAUCCCCCACAGCUGCUACGAGAUCGGGCACACCUGGCACCCGCGGUGCUCCUGGGCCGUCCUGCACGUCACGCAGGGGGCCCUGGCCGAGUCCCUCCGCAUCUACGGAACCCUCUACCUGAUUGCAGCUAUUCUCAGGAAACGAAAACUUGACUAUUAUUUGUACAAACUUCUACCUGAGAUCUUACAAUCAAGUUCCUUUCUGACAGCAAAUGGGACCUUGUAUAUUGCUUGCUUUUGCAUUCUAAGGAAGAUACUUGGAAAAUUCUACUUUUGGUCUCCUGGCUUUGGUGCUGCUUUACCUGCUUCUUACAUGGCUAUUCUCAUCGAAAGGAAAAGCAGGAGAGGUCUCCUCACAAUUUACAUGGCCAACCAAGCUACAGAAACACUGUUCCGAAUGGCUGUAGCAAGAGGAGCUAUUACACCUUUAAGACAUGGAGAAGUCCUUUUGUUUUGCAUCACAGCUGCGCUGUUCAUGUUCUUUUUCAGAUGCAAAGAUGGCUUGAAAGGAUUUACCUACUCUGCACUAAAGUUCAUUGUAGGGAAAGAAGAAAUCCCCACUCAUUCAUUUUCACCUGAAGCAGUGUUUUCAAAAGUAGAUAGAAAGAUAAAGCCUUGUGAAAAAAUGUCACAGCAAAUGAACUUACUGGCUCUAACAAAAAAACUCAUGGACAAAGUGUGCAAGCAUGGCCCAAGGCAUAGGUGCUGUAAACACUAUGGAGAUAAUUGCAUCUCAUAUUGUAUUAAAGGCUUUGUUAGGAUGUUUAGCAUUGGUUACCUGAUCCAGUGUUGCCUUCGGAUUCCAUCCGCUUUCCGGCAUCUGUUUACAAAACCAUCCCGGCUAUUUUCCCUCUUCUACAACAAGGAAAAUUUCCAGCUUGGAGCUUUUCUGGGAUCUUUCGUCAGUAUAUACAAAGGUACCAGUUGCUUCUUGCGUUGGGUACGAAAUCUUGAUGAUGAGCUCCAUGCACUUGUAGCUGGGUGUCUAGCAGGAAUUUCUAUGAUGUUUUACAAAAGUACUACUAUCUCUAUGUAUCUGAUGUCCAAAUUAGUAGAGACUAUUUACUUCAAAGGCAUUGAAGCAGGGAAGGUUCCCUAUUUUCCUCAUGCAGACAGCAUCAUCUAUGCCAUUUCUACAUCAAUAUGUUUUCAGGCAGCUGUCAUGGAAGUUCAUAACUUGAGACCUUCAUACUGGAAAUUUCUUUUACGACUAACAAAGGGCAGGUUUGCUCUCAUGAACAGGAAAGUUUUAGAUGUAUUUGGUACUGAAGCAUCUAAGAACUUCAAGGAUUUCUCACCUAAGCUUGACCCAAGAUACACGGUUGUACCACCAGAGCUUCCAGUGGAGCUGUCUUGAGAACAAUAGUGUAUCUUGUCACUGAAUGUGAUCAGCAUUUUGUCCUAAAAUGUUAAUUAACUUAACAGUCGUAUAUAUGGAGAAGGGCUUGGGCUCCAGUAUUAUUUCAAUGAGAAAUGCUUUUUACCGAUCAAAAAUACUGAAGCUUUGCAGGAAGUUGUGGCUUAGUGAUUAAGCUGCUUCCAUAAAGAGAAAAUAUUUCUGGAUUGCUGUAGCUUGUUGGCAGUAUGGUAGAUUCCUGAAUGAAUUAAAUGAGUAAUAUAUUUAGAGGAAAUACACAUAUUAAUUUAAAAAAUUCUGUAGCUUAUACCAGUGGAGUAUUUCUUGGUAAAACUAAAAGUAAUUCUUAAUUUACAAAGGAAAGCAAAUGGCAUAGUUUAGGUACAAAAUUUUAGCUGUUCUUAAAACUAUUCCAUCCAGGUAAAAAUACCUCCUUGGCUUUCUAAAUUGUGUCACUGGUUUAUCUGAAAAGAACCACCACUCCCUUGCUACUUAAAAUUACCGUAUUUUUCAACAGCUACGGUUCCAAACUAAGGCAUUCUUUGGGAAAAGAAAAUGCAUAUUAAUUCAGAAAUCACAUUCCAGAGCUGUAAAUUGCACUGACAGGAUGGAUAACAGACCCAGCAAACAAGAAGUGGUAGUGGUGAGUGCUGCGCCGUGGGGAGCAGCGGGGUGUGGUGCUCAGGAGCUGCCAAGUGGAAAAUGACAAAACCGGCAGAGGAAGGAAUGAAACGUUCCUGCCUCUGAGAUGGUGCUGGAAACAGCAGACAGUUACAAAAAUAAAAAAGCCAAGAACAAAACAAAGCAAAACAAAACAAAACAAAAAUCCCCCAAAAUAUACUGAAAUUAAAUGUUUAUUUUUAAAGAACUUGACAUUGUCGCUGUAGAUGCUGCUGGCUUGUUUGUCAAGCUGCCACACCAGGCAGCAUUUCAAGCACUGCUUUAAAAGAGAACUGACCCCUGAAGUUAGGCUGUUACAAAAGAACAGUUUUGAUGAUCAUAUUAAUAGUAUUUUUUCCUUCUAUGUGGUGAAAAAUGGUUUUCCAUCAGUCCAUCAGCCAGCCAUGACCAGGGCAGUUACAUUCAGUUUAAUGUGGCACUCAGUGCAAAUAACUACCUACUGAAAUUCCAUCUCAAUUUUACCCUGUGUAUUUCUGCAGGUUCUUUGUGUUCUAAAGCAAGACCUUGGCAUGUUAACUGCUUUUUUUUUUUUUUUCCUGAUUUUCAGGACUUUUUAAAAUUAGUAUCCAUUCAGGUGAUGCUGAAUGGUGUUCAUUACCCUAGAUAUUCAUGAAAAGUUGAACUAUAUUCACACUGUACUGAAAAGAGAUGGGGUAAGCUACGAUCUAGAAAUUGCAGUGGGUUGUAUGUAUUUUAAAAAGAGAAAGAAAUAAGUAUUUUAUUGGGAGUCUUUGUCAGAUAAUAUGAAUUGGAUUAAUUAAUAGUAUCUUUGUCUUGUAAAACUGUAUCCUUCUCCAGCCUUAAGCGUAUUUUAAUUCCUGUUAGUUUAAUCUCUUAAUGCUGAAUAUGUAGGAAUUUCUAUCAGAUUUACAGAGAUGUUAUGGAAAUUCUUCAUGUCUGUGCACAGAAUCUGCUUCUUCAUCAGCUACUGUAACAGGGAUGCUUCAUCACUGUUACUAAAGGUGCUUCAUGCUUUAAAACCAUGGUUGUUCAAGUUGGUGUGAAUAAAGUUCUGCAGGCUAGUUUGUAUGCAAUAUUUUAUUGUUUGAAAUACUAUAUUAAAAUUCCUUAAAAGGAAAUAGAAGUUAAUAGAAGAAUUUUUAAAGGAUUGUAAUAGGUUUGUUGUGUUUUUCCACUGGAAUAUGGUCUAAAAUAUUUGAUCUUGUAAAGUCUGAGAGUUAUAUAUUUUAGGUAAUAUGUUAGAACUCACACACUAUAAUAUGUACAAUUUCUGAUGUAACUAUACCAUUCUCAAAUGUAAACUUAUUUUAUAGAUGGAUUAAUUUUCUUCACUGGAAUGACAAUUGUGAUUGUUUCUCUAUUUGGGUUAAAAAAAUUCCAAGUACUACAUCUCAGCAGCUAAAAAGCAAUUUUGUCUAUGUUUUCUUGCUUCCAAAAUUCACAGUUCUUGUUUUGAGUUAUUUUCGUAUAAUAUAAAAAAUAAUUAAAUUUUUUAAAUUAUUUUUAUUCAAAUCAAGUAUAUGUAAGAGGAAAAAAAAAUAAAGUCCUAAUGUUUUUCCCAAUAAUAAACAGUUGCUGCUUGAAAAAG